AUGGCGGCAGGAGCAGGGGAAGGAGGCAGCAGCGGCAGGGUGGGAGGAAACGGCCGCUCGACUAAACCUCCCUUUUGGCUGGUAGCUAGUUCUCUUCGGGAGAGUCAAACAACGGAGUCUAUACACUCGGGAGUUCGCAAUGCAUUGCUUCUUCCUCGUGCCCCUUUAUGCGAUGAUGUGGGUUUGUUUGAUGUGCCGAUGAGUCUGAAGUUCGGUUCUUUCGAUGAUCUCAUUCGUGCUGUCGAUACACUGCAGAAACAAGACGGCGUAGUGGAGGCAGUACUACGGCGAGUUGAACGACAAGCACUUGAAAUUGAUCCUGAAGCACAAUUCAAGAUCAUGUGGCAGAGGCAUUCAUUGACAGCAGAACAAUACAUACGCCGUUUUACGUGGGAUGAGUCAAAGUUCCCGAAGGCGCGAGCAAUUCGUGAAAACAUUGAGGCAAUUGUUCAAUCUGUAAACAAAAUGGAUGAAGAAGUUCGAGCAAAAGUAGCUGUGUGGCAAGAAGUACGGCAGCAAGCGAAUGCAGCAGCAAGCAAACGAGAUGUGCUGUCUUACUCUCAGCGGGAUCUGCUUGAUCUGUUAACUCCAGCAGUUGUUGAAGAAGAAGACUUUGUACAAACAGAACACUUAACAACAGCAGUUGUUUGUGUUGCAGGAGAAGCAGAAGCUAACUGGCUUAGCACUUACGAGAAAUUAAACCCUUUUGUUGUGCCGCGCUCUGCAAAGAAGUUCGGCAUUCCCCCAGAUAAAGAAGGAGUUUGCUUAUGGCGUGUUGUGUUAUUUAAGAAGGGUCUUAAUGACUUUAAGAAGGCAGCAGCUGAACAUAAGUUUACUGUGAGAGACUUCAAUUAUAGCGAAGGAGUAUAUAAAGAAAUGACGGAACAGAGAGCGAAGGUCUUGGCUGAACAAACAAAGCACGAAACUUUUCUAAGUCGUGUUUGUUUUGCAGCUUUUUCAGAUAUCUUUGUAGCAUGGGUACAUCUAAAAGCAAUGCGUGUUUUCUGUGAAUCUGUUUUAAGGUUUGGGGUCCCUCCUAAUUUUGUUUCUUUCUUCUUACGCCCCAUAUCAGAAAACAAAGAAAAGAAAAUUCAUAAAGAGCUUGAUGCUCUUGUUACGCCGCCAGGCCUCUUCGGCAAUAGGUUUUAUGCGAGAGAUAGCGCAGACGGAGCUGAAGGCGAGAACUUCUUUCCUUAUGUUCUGCUGACGUUGCAGCCUUUUGCUUCAUAA